AUGCCAAUGGGGAAGCCAAGUUCUUCAGCAGUUAUUGGUAAGCAUUCUGAGCCUGAAAAGCCAGUUGAAUCUGACGAGAAGGUCAAUCUUGAAGAAGAAAAUGAUCCUGAGGAAGAAAUGGAAGAAGAGAUUGAAUAUGAAGAAGUAGAAGAAGAGGAGGAAGUGGAAGAAAUAGAAGAGGAGGUGGAAGAAGAAGAGGAGGACCCAGAGGAGGUAGAGGAAGAGGAAGAAGAGGAAGAGGAAGAGGAGGAGGAGGAGGAGCAAGUGGAAGAAGACACUGUGCCAAACCAAAACAUUGAUGAUGAUGAGAAAAAGAAACAUGCUGAACUUCUUUCUCUUCCUCCUCACAAGUCUGAAGUUUACAUAGGUGGCAUUCCUCUUGAUGCCGCAACGGAAGAUUUGAAAGAUUUUUGUGAGCGUAUUGGGGAAGUUGUACAGGUUCGAAUAAUGAAAGGAAAAGAUUCUUCGGAGAAUAAGGGUUUCGCUUUUGUGCUUUUUAAAAAUGAAGAACUGGCUUCUAAAGCCAUUGAGGAGCUGAAUAAUACUGAAUUUAAGGGUAAAAAAAUAAGAUGUUCUACAUCUCAAGCAAAAAAUCGUCUUUUUAUUGGCAAUAUUCCUAGAAGCUGGGGCGAUAACGAUCUAAAAAAGGUUGUCAGUGAGAUAGGACCUGGUGUUACCGCUGUUGAACUAGUCAAGGAUAUGAAGAACAUUAUCAAUAACCGCGGUUUUGCUUUUAUUGACUAUUAUAAUAAUGCAUGUGCUGAAUAUUCAAGGCAAAAGAUGAUGAAUCCAACAUUUAAGCUUGGUGACAACUCCCCAACAGUGAGCUGGGCUGACCCGAAAAAUGCUGAUUCCUCUGCUUCAUCUCAGGUGAAGGCAGUAUAUGUGAAGAACCUUCCUAAGAAUGUAACUCAAGAGCAGUUGAAGCAGCUUUUUGAACACCAUGGGAAGAUCACAAAGGUGGUUCUUCCACCACCAAAAUCUGGUCAGGAAAAGAACAGAAUCGGCUUUGUUCAUUUUGCAGAGCGAUCAAAUGCUAUGAAAGCACUAAAGAAUACUGAAAUAUAUGAAUUAGAUGGUCGAAUGUUAGAGUGUUCUCUAGCAAAGCCACAGGCUGAUCAGAAGGCUGUAGUAACAAAUACACUGAAUCAGGGAUUGCUUCCAAGCUAUCCACCACAUAUUGGUUAUGGUUUGGUUGGUAAUCCCUAUGGCGCACUUGGUGCUGGAUAUGGUGCUCCUGGUCUUGCACAGCCUUUAAUGUAUGGACCCGGUCAAACUCCCGCUGGAAUGGCCAUGAUGCCGAUGCUUCUGGCUGAUGGACGCAUUGGAUAUGUCUUGCAACAGCCAGGAUUGCCUCCGCAAACCCCGCCUUCACAUCAAAGAGGUGGCAGGAGUAGCGGCGGCGGCAAUAGUGGUGGAAGUGGCAGCAGGAAUACGGGCAGUUCAAGUAAGGGAAGGCACAACAAUGAUAAUGGUCAUGGGCGAAGAUACCACCCUUAUUAG